GGUGGGGGGUUACAAUGAUAUAAAAACAGGGAUGAGAGCAAACAUUAGAGAGAUGGGACUGCGAGGAACCACCGCAAAUACAACAUCAGAGACGACCAGAAGCAGGCCAAGAAGAAAAAAGAAGAAAUUUUACCUUCACUUUUAAGGGUUCCUUGACCGGUCCUUCUUUUUUAUUUUUCCUCUUUAAUCUAAUAAAAUUUACGUUUACAUAAAUUUCACACUGAUGAUGAUCGAACAUGAUUUAUAGAUCGGAUUCCCUGAUCGCAAGCUUCACUGGUGCGUGCGUCUUGUUCUUGCUUGUUAUUUGGUUUCUCGUGCAACCAUGAAUCAGCCGUGCAUCAGUGCUUGCUGGUAUGGAGGCCAGAAGCUCUGUUCUUGCAGUUCCUUUUGGAUUUUAACUCUCUGCUCGGGUUUCUUCCCACGGUUUUAUAAAGGAAUGGUAAUUGAAAUCAUGUCACCUUUAGUAGAUAGAUAGCGGAUAGCAGAUAGCGGGCAACUCUUACAGUAGGUUUGGGAUUUGGUAGGAUUUACUUAUUUUGAUUCAAAUUGUGGCAGAGUAAUAGGGAAGAUGUUGAUUGAUCUUGUUAUGUGGCGUUGAUGGGGCUGGGAUUCGCUCUUCAUCCAAUAUUUGUUAAGAGGAGGGCUAGAAUGGAUAAUCAACGAGAAUAGGAAAGUUGUUUUAAAGAUAGACGCAUUAGAUCUUGAGAGGAUUAAAUAGUUGUCACUGGCAAACUGGUUGAAAAUCCUAGUUAUGGGCUUACCUCAAGUUUCUUCCAGCAAAAUUGCUGAUGAAGUUUCCGCAUCCCUAAGCACGUUUGUGCAACAUUCACCUCGGUUUACUAGUCUGAGUAGUUGUGAUCUUGAUGGAAUGCAUGGAGGAAGCACAGUUAAUAAGGUUUCGGUGGAUUUCUCUUGCUCUUCUCUUGGAGAUUUCCAGAGGAAGACCUCCCUGGAGCUGCCAAAAGGCCCAGAUGGGAUUUUUAAGCAUAAAAGCACCAUUGAUGGUGCAUCCAAUGCUCAUACGUUUAUGGUUGGUGCAAAGGAAAGAAUUGGUUGGUUCGGUCCUAAAAUUGGACGGAAUAUUCAUAUUCCUGUCUCAAGGAUUGUGGGGUUUGAAUCUGGUAGUCCGAAUUCUUCUCGUAAUGGAUUUGAAGGAAGUUCACCAGAUCAGCUUCCUUCUGCUGGUACCUCAAUUGGUAAUGAAACAGAAUCACAUGGGUCGCUAGUGAGGAAACGAUUGUUAUCUCCUUUGAAUGGCAUGCUUUGUCCAAAUCAAUUUGAUGGUGAUCCUCUAGACAUUGAUGGGGGCAAUGUUUCUCCUGCCCCUAGAGGCACAUAUAGUGUUUUGGGGGUACAAGAUCAUAAGAAAGCUAAUAUUAGCCACACUGAUUAUCAGAGUACCCCAGUUUGGUCUGUAUCUAGUUGUUCAAAAUGGAAGAAUAUGCUAGGUAGUGGUAUUAGAACAAGCUCUACACUUUUCACAGAUGGUCCUUUGCUUGAGAGCAAUGAACCCCUCUCUCAAAGCCAUUGCUUAUCAUCACCUGGACUUGAUCCCAAUGGGGAAGCAAGUAACAUAAGAAUUCGAACUGGGGCAAUACCUAUAGCUCCGAGGAGUGCAAUCUCGCCUCCUCUUUCUUUGUCUCCUCUUGGUCCAAAAUUUUCUGAAAGAAUGAAAACUGCAGGAGUAGAAAAUGAUGGGAGGAUGGAGAUGCAAAGUAACUAUUUGACCUUAAAGAAUAUCAAAAAGUCAUUUGAUGGAUCUGGCCCUGGCAUUUUGUUUGCAAAGGAAGAAGAUGAGUUUAGAAUGAUGAGCAAGUCAUUUCAAGACCGUGAUAUUUUGCAGAAAGAUUUUGAUCCAUUUUCAUGUGAAGGUACAACAGGUAUGAAUCAGCAUUGGGGUCCUGAUUCAGCCCCAACACCUCAAUGCAUCAAGUUGGUAAGGAGCUUGGGUGGACUUCCAGUCAGGAGGUCUUUGGUUGGUUCAUUUGAAGAAUCCUUAUUGUCUGGUCGAUUGUCAUCUGGCAAAGUCAGUCAGAGAAUUGAUGGUUUUCUAGCUGUUAUGAAUGUUACUGGGGGAAACUUCUCACCUCCAUCACAGAAACUCCCAUUUGCGGUAACUAGUGUGGAUGGAGAUAGUUACUUACUGUACUAUGCAACAAUAGAUCUUGCAGGACAUUUUCCACCUAACAAAUGCAGAGGCCCUAAAAUGAAGAGGAGCCUUAGCAUUGAUGAUUCACGAGCUGUCAAGAGCCGCCUGCGUAUCCCUAUGAAAGGGCGCAUACAACUGGUUCUCAGCAAUCCAGAAAAGACACCUCUACAUACUUUCUUUUGCAAUUAUGAUUUGAGUGAUAUGCCAGCAGGAACCAAGACAUUCUUGCGCCAAAAAGUAACUCUUGCUACUCCUGUUUCACCUUCAAUCUCGGGGAAAGAAGGAAAUAGAGAUAUUGACAUGAAAAAUGAGCCCAAGGCUACUACAGUCCCAGAGAGAAGUCAUCCUGUACAGAUUAGCAGGGAGUUUGCCAGUUCAAAUGGAGUUAACAUUGUACAUACAAUGAAACCUACAAGCCAGAAUGCUGAAGUUAUUGGGAAUGAAGGUUCUAAAUUUGUGGGUUGUGUAUAUACAAAUGAUGCUGAGCAGUAUGACCUACCGAAUCCAUCCCAGAAUAAGGGAGAUACAAGUCCCCUGUUCUUUUCACCUGGGGACUGUCUUGAGCGGCCAAAUGGUUUCAAUCUUGUUGCUAGCCCAGAAAGUGAAAAAUUUAAUAGCAGUGAGAAGAAACAUGGGGAGGAUAACUCCCUAGUGGAUACAUGCCAUGAAACUGACAGGAAAUCUGUACAUAAUUCUUCAAGGGUCAAUGAGAAUACAUCUGGUGCUGGUGUUCUACGUUAUGCUCUUCAUCUCCGUUUUCUAUGCCCUUCUCCCAAGAAAUGUUCAAGAUCAUUCCAAAGAUGCAAAUCUGAUCCUUUAUCUGCUCCCGAAACAAAUGCAUUUGACAUUGAAGGGGAACGACGCUUUUACCUCUACAAUGAUUUGAGAGUUGUGUUCCCUCAACGCCAUUCUGAUGCUGAUGAGGGCAAGUGUAUGGAAGAGCCACGAGAUGAUUGUCUCGAGAGGGUAGCAAUAAAGAGAAGUUCUAGUGCUAAUGAGUCCUGAGGUUUGUGCUACAGUGCUAGUCGAUCCAAGAUUUCUAUCCAGUUGCAUGUGGAACAUCACUUUCCAGAGAACCCAAAGUACUUCGAUAUCAGUGACUGAUCUCAUCCAUCUUCUCGGAGCUGGGGUGCUAGGCUGCUAGCUAUGUACAUACCAACAAAACACCACUUUAAGUUCUUUAGUCAUUUCAUCUCCGAUGGGGCAUGAAUCCCAUUUUUCACCUGUACAGAUAAACAGCUUCAAUAAUUUGUUUAUUUUAUCUGUAGUUUCCAUCAACACCAUUUACCUCAAUGUUAACUGCCUUGAUAAAAAUUUUUAUCAGAACUUGGGUUUGGGGUCGGUGAUGCUCUCCGGGAUUAUAGACUUUGCACUGUCAACCUCCUGGAAGUUGUCAAUUUGUUUGUAGCCAAGAGCUACGGCUGCGGACUGUCCUUGAAGUCGGUAUCUAAUUGUAAAUUGUAAUGUGCUAAACUGCUAAUGUCUGUAUACAUAUAUCAUAACUUGGGAAGAUUGAGUUGAAGAUUCAGCUAAGCUGGUUCAGCUGCUUUAAAGCGCUCUGGAUAUACAAAGAGGCUGAAGCAGAUGACUGAAUGCCCGUUCGGGAGGGCUGUGCUGAAGAUUCAGUUUAAGCCGGUUCAGUUGCUUCGAAGCUCUGGAUAAGAUACUUAAAGAGGUUGAUGCGGCCAAUAUGGUUUUUGGAAUUUUUACCAAACCUUAGAGUAUUGGCUGUGUAGCCCACCUCAGAAAGCCAUAAGUCGCUGCAUUUCAAACCCCCCUAAAUGGGAAAUCAAUGGCAAGAUUAAUAUUUGGACU